GAAAAGCUUUCCCAACCACUAAUGUGUGAGGCAAAUAGGAACAGCGAUCAUCAUGAAUUUAAAUAUACUUACGUCUCAGAUAGACCGGGUCCCAUCCAUGGAAGGCAUAAUCCAGGCGGCGGCUGGUUUUACCACCAAUAUCACGCAGAACGUUUUGAAUGCGGCCAAUACCACUCUAAUGUUGCUACAGAGCGUUGAACUGCCCACUGCAGGCCCCUCAUCAGUAGCGACCACCCUAAGCACCACAGCACGCAAGUGGCUACCCCCGGAGGAGGAGGUGGCCGCCCAGUCAUCCUUGGCCUCUGCAAUCGCUGCCAACAGCACCUAUGCUUUUCUCACUAACUUGACGUAUACCAGACCCAAUGUCUAUCUACCCGCCAGCACCAUACCAGCCAUCGAGGAUGAUGAAAUUCGGCUGGAGCAUGCCCCACAGCUAUCAAAAUCAUCCAUGAUUAAAGUCUAUGUUCUGAGUAUUAUGGCCUUAUUUUCUCUGCUCGGAAAUGUACUGACCAUGUGGAAUAUCUACAAGACACGUAUAGCCCGCCGAAAUUCACGUCAUAGCUGGAGUGCUAUUUACUCGUUGAUAUUCCAUCUCUCCAUAGCCGAUGUCUUGGUAACGGGAUUUUGCAUUAUAGGUGAGGCAGCCUGGUGUUACACCGUUCAAUGGCUGGCCAAUGAAUGGACCUGCAAACUGGUCAAGCUUUUCCAAAUGUUCAGUUUGUAUUUAUCCACCUAUGUGUUGGUGCUGAUCGGUGUUGACCGUUGGAUAGCUGUCAAGUAUCCCAUGAAGUCAUUGAACAUGGCCAAGCGUUGCUACCGCCUGUUGGGCGGCACCUAUAUACUGUCAUUCAUAUUGAGUUUGCCGCAGUUCUUUAUAUUUCAUGUGGCCCGUGGUCCCUUCGUGGAGGAAUUCUAUCAAUGUGUGACACAUGGCUUUUAUACAGCCGAAUGGCAGGAGCAGCUUUACGCAACAUUUACGUUAGUUUUUACAUUCCUAUUGCCAUUGUGUAUACUCUUUGGAACGUAUAUGUCAACAUUUCGCACCAUUUCAAGCAGCGAAAAAAUGUUUCAGGGCUCAAAGUUGGCCGCCUACACGAACAAGCCCACAGGACAAACCAACCGACAACGACUGAUACACAAAGCCAAAAUGAAGUCCUUGCGCAUAUCGGUGGUCAUUAUAAUAGCCUUCCUCAUUUGUUGGACGCCGUACAAUGUGAUGAUGUUGAUUUUCAUGUUCUGGAAUCCCGAUAAAAGAUUCGGCGAGGACUUACAAUCGGCCAUUUUCUUUUUUGGCAUGUCAAAUAGUUUGGUCAACCCUCUGAUCUAUGGAGCCUUUCACCUAUGCCCCAUGAAGCGAAAGGCCAGCAACAAGAGUUUCAACAACAAUGGCAACUACAGUCUCAACAGAGGCGACUCACAGAGGACACCCUCUAUGCUAACGGCGGUGACGCAAAUCGAUUGCAAUGGACGCCAAGUGAGGAGCUACAGGCAGUCGAGCUACUAUCGCAGCAUAAGCACGGGCAGCACAUACAAAGAGAAUAUUGGAUUGUUGCAGACCGCAGCCAACGGCCAGCACACACCAGGCCUAAUAAGGAAGGCAGCCUCACUUAAGAGUCCCCAUCCCAACCAAAGAGCUUCGGUUCAUGGCCCGAGCCACAGACGUCAUCACCAUCAUCAUCCGUUGAGGGGAGGCUUAGAGGAUGGGGAACCACAACAAUAUCACAAUCACUCGACGGAAAUAAUCCAAAAUGACAACUCCAUAGGCAGCAACUGCAGCACCAGCGAUGGUGUGGUAGUGGUUAGUGAAGGCAGAGGCGUAUCACUGGUCUUAAGUUAUGAUAACCAACGCGGUGGUGUGGCAGCCUUAAAGCGAUCCAGCACUGGCUCCAUGAAUGGUGGUGGUGGCUUGGUCAGCAGCAUGGGAUUUGGUGCUUCCCGACGCAAUGGGGUCAUAAAGGCGCAUAAUUUGGCCAGCCCUUUGGGCUUGCCAUCCCUGAUUGGGGGCAAUGAGGACAGCGUGUCCAGUCUAUUGUUUGCCAAUGCUCAAGAACAGUACAUUCGAAAAGGAUUCUUUCAAUGGUAUCGCAAAACCACAAAGUUUCAUUGCCAUUAG